AUGGCUCAGAAAACUGUACUCAUCACAGGUUGCUCCUCAGGAAUCGGACUGGCCUUGGCUGUAAAAAUGGCCAGAGAUGAACAGAAAAGAUUUAAAGUGUAUGCUACCAUGAGGAAUCUGACCAGGAAGGACAAACUUGCAGAAGCUGCAGGCAGAACCUUGGGUAAAACCCUGGAAAUUAAACAACUGGAUGUCUGCAGUGAAGAGUCUAUUAAAACAUGCGUCAGUAGCAUCCCUGACAGAAGGAUUGAUAUCCUAGUUAGCAAUGCUGGAAUGGGGCUCAUUGGACCUAUUGAAUGCCAGACCAUAGAUGAGAUGAGAACUGUGAUGGAUACAAACUUCUUUGGAUUGGUUCGACUCUUGAAGGAGAUUUUACCUGAUAUGAAGAAGAGGAAGAGUGGACAUAUAGUUAUAAUAAGUAGUGUCAUGGGAAUACAAGGUAUUUUGUUCAAUGAUGUUUAUGCUGCAUCUAAAUUUGCUGUGGAAGGAUUCUGUGAAAGUUUAGCCAUACAAGCACUCAAGUUUAAACUUCAGCUAAGUCUGAUUGAGCCAGGCCCAGUGAUCACAGAAUUUGAAAAAAAGGUGUUUGAAGAUGGAAUGAAAAUGGAUCUUUCCGCUGCUGAUGAAGAAACUGCUGACAUGUUUACUAAUAUUUACCUUAAAAAUUACAAACAGAUUUUCCAAAGCCUGGGACAGAGUGCAGAGGACAUAGCAGAGCAUACAGUAAAGAUAAUUCUUGCAGAAAAUCCACCUUUUCGUCAUCAGACCAACACCCUGUAUACACCAAUGACAACACUGAAAUAUGCAGAUCCAAAUGGAGAUUUACCUAUUGAUACCUUCUACAAAAUGGUUUUUCAGCAUGAUAAAAUCUUCAGUGCAAGUCUUAACUUCAUCAAACUGCUAAGGUGGAGAAGCAGAAAAAGCUUUGAUUUGGGAAACCCUUCACAAUGA